UUGCUUGCAGUCCGUACUUCGUAUGUAAACCCAGAACGUUCUAUUCGCUCCUCCAUUUCCAAAGCUACUCUCUUUCUUCUUCCCACUGUACUCUGAUUCUGGAAUCUCUCCAAACAAUCUUCUUGUAAAUUCAUAUCUCAAUACGAUGCCCAAAUAAAUAAAAAAAAAUGGCACAUUGAGCUUCUGCAUUCGUUUCCAGUCAUGGGCGGUAACUGAUGCCAAAUGGUAUUUUGGAAACUUAAUGAGUAAACUCAAAAGAAAUAUGGAAAAGAAUCAGAAGGUAAAUCGAGAUAAACUUGAGGCCCUUCGUGAGAAGUGGGUCGCAGCGAUCAUGAUUCUGAGCGGGGAAUUUGAUGGUGCCAGAGAGAGGUUACUCAAAGCACAGCAUCUUUGUCCAGAACUGGAAAACAUCGAUUCCAUGCUGACCGUCUGUGACAUACUACUAUUAUCUGCUGGUGUCAAGCUAUCUGAUUCAGAAAUUGAUUGCUCUUGGGUUCUUGAGCUCAUUACUCUCUCAAAUACCAACUAUGAUGCUAGAUGUUAUUACCGGAAGCUUGUUACCUUGUUGCAGCCUAUAAGGGAUGAGUUCCCAGGGACUGAAUUGGCACUGCAACUUGUCCAGGAUGCAAUUUCAAAGCUUUCAGAAUGUGAGAAAUUCUCUGAGUUUGAAUUGAAAACUGGGAUAAGUGGGGAAAAUCAGAUCUCUGGGUGUAAGCCAGCUUCUUCAAGUCAAAUUCUGCCUGUUGAUGUUGAUGAUGAUGUCGAAACUGAUUAUGUAGUCUUGAGGGAGAAGAAUCUCAGCAGUUCACAUUGCUUUAGGCCAAUGGAACAACAUUCUUCCUUAGAGUCAAAUGAAGGCAGCAAGUCUUUGAAGUACACUUGGUUGCCAAAUGAUUUUGUUCCUGGUCAAGUAUGGGCAAAGGAAGCUAUGCCUCGAAAAUAUGUUCGAGUGAAUUAUGUGGUUUCACCCGAUAAGGUACACCUCACAUUCUUGGAGCCUUACCCAAUUCUUGAUCGAGAGAUCGCAUGGAAGAAAGAAAAUCUACCUAUUGUGUGUGGGAAUUUUGAACAGGGCAAUGCUAGGGCCAUCCUGGAAGUGUCGCAGUUUUCCCAUCCUGUUAAUUGCCUGCAAUAUGGUCCAGUUAAGCCAUACUACAUGAUCUAUCCUAUGAAGGAUGAGAUUUGGGCUAUGUACCAGGAUUUGAAUAGCGUGCACAAGGGCAAUGAACAUGAGAGAAAUCGCUUUUGGGUUGUAGAAAUUCUGGCCGAUUACUCGGAUAAAAAUGGGGUGAAUGUGGCAAGGUUGGAGAAAGUUGAGGGUUGUCUUACUUUCUUCUGCAGAGAAAAGUGCAAUGGAUCCGAUAUGACUCGUACAUUUUAUCCAUCAGAAAAGCUUAGUUUUUCUCAUCGUAUACUCGCCUUUCAAGUUCCUGGAAUUGAAAUCUAUGGCAUUCGUGAAGGAUCUUGGCACUUAGAACCUAAUGCUUUACCCCUCAACCAUGGAAGAUAGAAUAACUCGUCUAUAUUGCACCAUAUGAUCUUGAUUCACUAUAAUUUUACAAGAUGAAUGUAUGAAUUAUAAAAAGAAGAUUGAGAUUAGUCGUUACCACUUUACGUUCUUUUAAACUAUGGAGAAUAUAUAGUCGCAUUUAGGGAAGCUGUUUUCUAUGAUAUGGCAAAAAUCUUAAAUAUAUAUACCCUUACUUU